GGAGGGGCUUGGAUUUCCUUGGAAAAUGGGCGUUAUGUCAAGACGGGUUGUACCCGUCUGUGGUAACAUCUGUUUCUUCUGUCCUUCGAUGCGGGCAAGGUCCAGACAGCCUGUAAAACGAUAUAAGAAGUUCCUUGCCGAAAUAUUUCCCCGGUCUCAGGAUGCGGAACCAAAUGAUCGGAAGAUUGGGAAGCUUUGUGAAUAUGCUUCUAAAAAUCCUUUGCGUAUACCUAAGAUUACUGAAUAUCUGGAGCAGAGAUUUUACAAGGAUUUGCGGAAUGAGCACUUUGGCUCUGUAAAAGUCGUGCUGCUCAUUUAUCGAAAAUUGCUAUCUUCAUGUAAGGAGCAGAUGUCACUUUUUGCUAAUAGUCUAUUGGGGAUUGUUCGGACACUAUUAGAACAAACACGCCUAUACGAAUUGCAGAUUCUGGGAUGCAAUACUCUUGUUGACUUUAUAAAUAGCCAGAUUGAUAGUACAUACAUGUUCAACUUGGAAGGGCUCAUUCCUAAACUGUGUCAACUCGCCCAAGAAGUUGGAGAUGAUGAAAGAGCAUUACGUUUACGGUCUGCAGGAAUGCAAGUUUUGGCUGUCCUGGUACAAUCAUUUUUUCCCCUUGCCUUAAGUUUUCUUCUAUAG